AUGAUUUCAUUUCCAGAUCUCUUGUUCUACUCAACAUUCCUUGCAGGUAUAGGGUCUAUCGUCGUUGCCAAAUCGCAUGCUCCUCUACUUCUCAAGUACGGUAAGACACUUCAAGGCGUAAAGAUCCAGAGAUCUGAUAUUUUUGGCCGCUUGCAACAAUUAACAGUACCUAAAAAGUGGUUCCGACAUUUCUAUGUUUAUUCGACAUUUGUAUCGGGUUUCAAUCUGUUGCAUUUGAGAACCUUCCUCGCGUUUCUCGUGUUUGUGCACUCCACGAGAAGACUUUAUGAAACAUUCUAUAUCAAUAAAUUUGGUCCUGCUUCCCGUAUCCACAUAUCGCACUACCUGGUUGGGAUAUGGUUUUACUCUGCAGUCAAUUUCACCACUUUCACUAACGAGAAACAUGCCUCAUCACUGCCGCUGAGACUUUUGGCGAUAUUUAUCUUCGCGCUGGCGUCAUGGGACCAAUACAAAAACCAUUCGCACCUGUCCGAGCUACGUAAGUACAACCUACCUACUUAUGGGCUGUUUAAGAUUGUGGCGAGCCCACAUUAUUUGGAUGAAAUAUUCAUAUAUUUUGCACUUACACUUUACGCCACGUCUUGCAAAAUGCUAUUUUGUAUGUUAUGGGUUGUGGUGAACCUCUCGAUUUCCGCUUUGGAAACAAAAACCUGGUAUCUGCAAAAAUUUCCUCAAACUACUCCGAGGUUUGCAAUCAUUCCUUAUGUUAUUUGA